AUGUCUUCAACCUUCACCAUACCACCAGACCCUUUCGGUGCUAUUGCCAACAACCUCGCCAAGAUAUCUGAUUCCAUGAGAAUGGCCGGGGCAGGCGCUGGCCCUCUUGCAGAGCGAAGUGUUAACGUCGCGCCACAGCAAAUCCGAGCCAAGAUCCGCCAAUUCAUCAACAGCGGCGAGAUGAAAAUCGGCGAGUUCCAGAGGAAGAUCGGCGUCAGCGCAGCCUCGUACAACCACUUCAUGAAACUCAGUGGCAGAGACAAAGGCUCCGGCAGCGACACCUACUUUGGCGCGGCCGCGUUUUUCAAACGCCGCCAACUGGCGGGAGUCAAGACGUCGCGACAAAAAAAGAUCAAAGCCAACGACAACCCCACGACGGCCGGAGGGAGCACAGCUUCUUCGUCGUCGUCGUCCUCGGCGAAAUCCAAAAAGGACAUCAUCGCCGAGGUCGAAGCGGCCGACGACGUGUCCCAGAUCAAGCUCGCCGGCGAGGACACUGACAGCGUCCCCGUCAUGGACACGUGCGACGACAUCCGCAACAAUAUCAACAAGUACCUCCGCGAGACCCCCUACGCGACCGGCGCGAGCUUCAUCCGCGCCAUCAACCGCGCCCUGCCCGAGACCAGCGAACGCCGCGCCUCGGCGCCAGUGGACCCCGCAAGGGCGCCGAGAGCAUGGUCUUCUACGCCGCGUACGUCUUCUUCGAGAAGCUCCGCCUCAAGCAGAACAAGCCCAAGAGCGAGAAACGCUUGGAGAUGGAGAAGGCCUGGGGCCCCCAAGGAAUCGAACUGCAGGAUUCGGCCAACACGCGCGUCUGGGUCGGACCGGGCAUUGACCCCGUGCAUGAGAACCAGUACGGCGUACUCGUGA